AUGACGUCCUCUGCAACAACCCAGGUGGCUCUGAGCCAGGUUCCCGAUCUGCCCAACGAAAUCUUUCUGCUCAUUAUCCAAAGAUGUCCCCGAGCCACCUUGAAACAGCUGCGACUGGUGUCGAAGAACCUCGCUCACAUGGUUGACCCGUAUCUCUGGCGCAAAGUGGUUCUGGUUCCAAACGACCACUCUAUCCUUGGCCUGUACAGCGCAUUGCAGGGCUCAAAGGUCCCUCGUCAUAUCACUAGUCUGACAUAUGAUGGCCGUUUUGGGUCGUUCUUCCAUUGCAUCAAGGGAAUUCCGUCAGACCGGACUCGCCCCAUUUCCAAAGAGGAACGUCGCAAAGUGAUGGCCUUCCUCGACCGCACCGGCCUUGAAAAUUUCAAACCUUAUGAAGAGGCCGCCAUCGAAGUGGCCGUCCUCUCUAGAGCAUUACGGAUCCUGCCCAACCUGCAGGUGGUCCGCGUCAAAGAACACGAAGAUGGGUCUCCUAUUGCGGCAGCCAAGGUUCCCUACUUCUAUCUCAGGUUCUGCAAACGCCUCAGGGUCGACCCAGAGACGGUCAAUUGGAGUUCGAUGGCGGGGACUUCGGGUAGAUCCUACACCAAGGGAUUUCUUACCGCCGCUUUCUCUGCUGGCUGCCACCUUCACACCUUCAAGGCAAAGAACAUAGAUGGGCGGUCAAUGUUUGGAGUGGUGCCUAUCAAGGCGCCCGCCGGAUUUCAGCAAAUUCGUAUAUGUCGAGCCGUCACCGAGAACCUCCGCGCCCUGGAGCUCUCUUUCCGGAAUGACACGCUGAUGGCCACCGCCAACCAUAUUGAAUUGAUCCGCGCCCUCUUCGCUGGAGCCCCGAACAUGAAGACGCUGAAAUUGCGGCUCACGGAUUGCAGUGCCAGUCAUCACCAGUAUACUGAGGAUGACUUGGUUUCGGAUUUUUGUGGACUUCUGGAAUCCUCCGCCGGAACAUGGUCGUCUGCGCCUCUCGUCCCAAGACUGGAAACCCUGAUUGUCGACGCCUGCAUCUGCCACGAUGAGGACUUUCUUCACUUCUUGAAGAUCCACGCCGCCACCCUGCGACGCUUGGAAUUGUCCAACGUGACCCUCAUCGGUGGUGAAGAUCGCCGAGAAUGCUGGGUCCGCCUGAUCAAGCACUUGAAGACAGAUCUCAAACUCACUUCGGUUUCCUUCAGCGGAUGGUUCAGCAACGGGGGAAGGCAACAAUGGUUCGUUGCAAAGGAUAUUGGAAGCACAGACAGGCUGAAGGCUAAAGUGGAAGCCUAUGUUACAGAUCCACGGAUUCGAGAAUGCCCCCUCGAAUCCCUCGCCAUCAAACCAAAUCAGGGUGAUGUCGAGCAACCGGCAAAUGGAGAAGAAUUUGAAGGGGACCUGACCUGGACCAUGAUCUACUCCAACCAGACAGAGGACCAAAUGGAUUGGCAGCUGCUCCAGCCAUCAUUCGGCGUCUCUUCAAACGAGGUAUCCCCACCCCCGUCAGCGUCUGGUGAUGUCGGUCCGAUAGAGGAGACGCAAUCUGAUGGUUACAUAGGGCAUGCCGGUAAGCAAUUAGACGACCCGGAACAGGACGAGUCUCACGACGAGUCCCCAGACGACAAGCAAUUUUGCGCCCCUAAAGCAGUCGUGUCCUCAUUUUUCAAAAUACCUCAGGCCCAGGCUUAUGCGGCUAAGGGGCUUCCCGUACCUGCCACCUUGUCCUUGUACCAUUCUGAUUGA